AUGUUGGGCGAAAUGCCGUGGGUUCCGCUCGUACAACAUGGUAAUUUGGGCGGUCUUGGGUUUACGAAAUGUUUUUGGAUUGUUUAUUGGAGUUUGGUUGAGUAAAUAUUUGAAUUUCUCCAAGUAUAUUGACCUUACAGGGCUUUGUUGUGAACUUUGGCGAAAUGAAAUUGAUAGCGUUCUAUUUUAUUCAAAUUUUGAUGGAAAUACUUGCCCUGAGGGUCUUGUGGUUGUGUACUUUCAAGAGCGGCUAUUAUAGACCGGUAUUUUCAAUGAUUUUGAGACUUUUUUGAUGAUUCAUACCUAAAACAAUGUGUAACAUCAAAAAUAGGGGAAAAUUUUGAUGUUUUUGGCCAAGUAUUACGCCAAAAAACCUCCUCGAGAACGUCUUUUACCACGUUCUCGGUAAUUUUGCUUCUUUCCCAACCUGUUAUUCCCUUUCUCCAUCUAAUACCAUGGAUAAUAUCGAGAGAUGAAAGACUCGACUUUUCCCCGCAAAAUCAAGUUGUAAUGCUUGUAGUAAUGUACUGCUUGGCUCCUCCAACCCAAACUCACCAGACUCGCACCGAACCCGCGCCUCCAGGCAAUCCCUCCACCAGCCAGGACGCGCCCAAUGUCGAAAGUGAGGAAAUCGACAUUCAGGUAUGUUCUCUUUUUUUGUGUGUAUUUUAAGUUUAGGAAAAGCAGAAGAAGACCUUGAAGGAAGUGUGAAGCUAUAAAUUAGUAAAAUUUAUGGUCGGUUUUCGGAAAUUCCGACCGAUUUUUGAAGAAGCCGAUAAUUUCAAAAUUUCUUUGCAAAAUUUGAAAUUUAAGUAUUUUUUCAAAUUUGUUGUUGAUUAUACGAGAAAAAAUGCCAGAUAUAACACUUAUGAUUCUUGAGGAGUCACGAGAGAAGCUUUUUCCACAUGAAUUUCCGAUCUUUUUAUUUCGCCAAAAUACUAUCUUUUUUGAUUUAUACUCGAAACAUAUGUCCUUCUCAGAGGCUAGACCUCUUUAUCACUCAAAAGCCAUGCCACUCAAAGAAAAAAAAUCAAAAAUACUACGAAUACACAUCAACAAGAUAAAAAAUUACAUAUUUUCAGAUUCGGAACGUGGUCUGCAACUACUCAUUGCCAUUACACAUUGAUCUCCGGAAGGUAGCCAUGAAUAGCGGGAAUGUGACGUUCGACCGGGACCGUGGUGUGCUCUACAAACAAAAGAGGAAUCCACAGUGCCAUGUGAAGGUGUACAGCAGCGGGAACGUGUACAUCGUGGGUUGUAGGAGGUAGGUGAAGUUGAGAGGAGGUUUUCGAUGGGAUGCAGAUGGAUGGUUGAUGGGAUAAAUAGCUUAAUAGAAGGACUAUGAUGUCUAAUGCUAAGCGACAAGAGGUUAUUAUAAUCUAGCUACUUUUUGCUUAGUUUCUAACAAUUUUUCGUAAACUUGGGGGUAUGUGGAUAAAGUAAUGUUUUGAUAAAAUUUUGUCGGCUUCUGGCUCAACUUUGAUGUUAGAGUAUAUUAAGAUGUCUAAAUAGAUUCAGAAUCUGUUGUUUGCGAUUGUCUACCUUAAUUUUUAUAUCUACUUAGGGUCAUUUUAAAAAAAUAAUAUCAGCUUGAUGAGCAAGGUGGAUUUUUUUGGAAUUUUCUCAAAAUAUUGGUAUUUUCUUGAAGAAAGCUUUUAUUACUAGGUUUUUCAAGCUAUUUGAAGUAUAUUUUUUAAAAAUCAUAAUUGGGGAUACCGUAUUUUACAAUUUACUUUCAUUUUUUCCCUCCAAAAACCCCUAUUUUUUCAGCGAAGACGACUGUCGCCGCGCCGCUCGUUCUGUUGGUCGAAUGAUCCAGCGCUCGAUGGGACUACUGGACGCACAACUUCGACUGCGCGAUUACAAAAUAUGCAACGUCCUGGCGACGUGCCGUCUCCCGUUCGGCGUGAAGAUUGAGGAGAUGGCGGCCAAGUACAAGGAAGCGCAGUAUGAACCCGAACUCUCGGUCGGAUUGGUUUGGAAAUUCACGGAGCCGAAAGCGUCGUUGAGAAUACAUACAACUGGCAGUAUUACGGUCACUGGAGGUAUGGAUUUUUAUAUAUAUAUUUUUUUUUGAAUUUAGGUGGAAUUUUGAUGAUUGUUCGGAGAAAUGGAAAAAAUGUGAUGGGAAUUGAAAGCUAGCUCUUGUUUUUGGGAUUAGAAAAAAAUGGAACUGGGACGAUUGUGGAAAGCGAAAAACAUUAUUUUUCUUCGAUGCAAGUGUCGAAAUUAGGAUAAUCGAGGGUGCUGAUUUCGAAAAUGACAUUCAUUUUUUUGAUUUUUACUUUUUUUCCUUUAGUAGUACUGUAAAGUAGUAAUUUUUAAUUUUUUUCAUGAAUAUUCGAUUUGGGGGUUUCGAUGGUGCUGCUUUAAAAUCAGAAAAAAUGAAUAAGAUUUUCGAAAUCAGCAGGGUCGAAACCCCCUAAAUCGAGUGUUUGUAAAAAAAUUAAAAAAAAAAUUACUAUUUUACAGUACUACUUAAGGAAAAAAGUAAAGAUCAAAAAAAAUGAAUGUCAUUUUCGCAAUCAGCACCCUCGAUUAUCCUAAUUUUUACACUUGCAUCGACGAAAAAUAAUACUUUUCGGUUUCCCAAAAAUUCCUUUUCCCCAAUCGUCCAACUCCGGAAAAAAUUAUGGCGUAUUUUUCAUUUUCCCCCAAAAUUUUUUUGUUUUUUAGCCACCUCCGCCCAGGGUGUAAUGCAGGCCAUCCAGAAGAUAUACCCGAUCGUCAAGGAGUUCCGCUGCUCUCUGCGCCAUCGCGCCGAACGCGUGACCGGGCCGCGGAAGCGCGCCGCCAACCCCCAGUCCCAUCCGCUGCCCGAGUUCGCGAUCGCCAGACGACCGCGCAUGCGGGCGCCGCAGGACGGGGACGAGGACGACCCGCACAACGAAAGCGCCUUCAACCCGGUGACCUUCGACGACGAGGACGAGCUGUACGAAGAGCUCAUGUAA